AUGGCAUCCGACGGCAAGCCGUUGGCCCUACUGGUCCUCAUCCAUACCAAAUCCCGCGAAAACCGCGACAGAGUCAUCGCGUUGAACAACUCCAACCUCUCCUUCUUCCGCAACCCGUCCACCCAACAUAGCACGCGCGCAAUCUUCACGCCGACAACUCGGCCCAAAGCGCAGCUCGGCAUGGUCCCGUCCGGGGAAGCGUCAACUCUCCUCGGUCUGUUGGAAAUCUGGUCCUCCUCGGCGGCAUUCUCCGCCGUGAAGCAAACGUCCGUGUUCAAGUCCUUCCACUCGAGAGUGGCAGAGGAGCGACUGUAUGAUCCGGCGCGCGACAUGGAGAUCUCAGAAUGGAUUCCCGCCGCUGGAUUCGUGGCCCGGAAAGGCGAGAAGGAGAGUCCCAAAGCAGCAAUUGUCGUGCUCGCAAAGUUCGUCCUGAAAGAUAAUGACUUGAACGCAAACAGAGAUGGAUUGGUGGGAGUGUUGGGCAAAUUCUGUGACUGGGUCGAGCAGAAUGAGUCCGGCACCUUGACCUACCAUGUCCUGACCAGUGCGAAGAACCCUGGCGAAGUGCUCAUGUUCGAGCGAUAUAAGGAUCUGGCUGCGCUGGGUGUGCAUGGUAAGACGGCCGAGUUCAAGACGAUGUUCAGAGGCACUGGCCGCUUCAUACAGGGCAAGAAAACUGUGCUGAGCGAGUGGGAGGAGCUUGACGGAUCUUUCGUCUCCAACACGCCAGGUGGAGCAGGGUUGGGUGGGCAGCCGAAGCUGUAA